AUGGUCCUGACCCUGUGUCAAUCAAGCUGGACUCAGGAGUAGCCACUGGGGAUGUGGUGGAGGUGAUGGAAGGCCACACCGUGAACUUCUGGGUGGAAACACAGUCCUACCCUGUCCCUGCCUAUACCUGGUAUCCCCCCACUGACUCCAUCCAGCCCUCCACCACAGGAACACUCACCAUCCAUGCUGUGUCCAGGGAACACGAGGGCAUGUACAGGUGCCUGGUGUCCAACACUAAAACCAACUUGUCCCGCCUAGGUGUUGUCAAAGUCCAAGUGCUUGAAAAUGUGACUGCACCGUAUAUCGAGCUGCCAACCUUGUCCCUUGUGGAGAACGCCACCUCUGUGACGCUGACCUGCAAAACCAGCCACCAGGGGGUUGAUGUCCGUUGGUAUCUGAAGGGUCAGCCGCUCAGGCCUAGUGAGCACCUGACACUGUCAUCCCAAAACAGAACCCUGACCAUCCACGGCCUUCAGAGAAAUGAUACUGGGCCCUAUGAAUGUGAGGUGUGGAACUGGGGUAGCCAGGCACGCAGCGAACCCCUGAAGCUCACCAUCAACU